GUCACUUCGCUGGUGAGGAGGUGAAGACUAAGCUGUCAGAGCUUCAUGGACGUUGGGACACGCUAAAGGCCAAGGCGUCCCAGAGGAGGCAGGACCUGGAGGACUCUCUGCAGGCCCAGCAGUACUUUGCGGAUGCUAAUGAGGCCGAGUCCUGGAUGAGGGAGAAGGAGCCCAUCGUUGGAAGUCCAGACUAAGGGAAAGACGAGGACUUGGCCGAGGCUCUCCUGAAGAAGCACGAGGCCCUGAUGUCGGACCUGUCGGCUUAUGGCAGCAGCAUCCAGGCCCUGAAGGAGCAGGCCCAGUCCUGCAGGGACCUGAAGGCCAACGAGUCCCGCCUGAGGGACAUCAACAAGGUGGCAUCUGAACUGGAGUCAGAAGGUCUGAUGGCUGAGGAGGCUCCUAUGGUUCAGGCUCAGCAACAAGAACAUCUGGGUUCUGCUCCUGGAAAGGUGCAUGUUGUCCUCCGCCUCAACCAGAACCAGACGUGGUGUUUAUGUUACCACUCAUUUGUUUGUUUGUUUGUUUGUUUACAGGACGAAGCCGACUCUUAACACGGCGUCACCCUGGAAGACCGUACGGUUGGGCGUUCAGACGACGGCUAACUUUAAUUCCAUCAAGGUAAGAGGAAGCUCUUCCCUUCCUGUCUGAGCGAUCCGUCUCCAGGUUUCCUCGUCCGGCGUCCAGCCCGCUGGCAUCCACCUUCAUCUCACCUUCAUCUCAUCUCACUUCAUUUAUAGUGCAAUACUUUCACAUUAUCAUUUUCCCACACUUCUGUAUACCUGUAUUUUGUUGUUUUUCAAUAAAGAAUGACAAAUUA